GUCACAUUUUCUGCAUUUUGGUAAAUUUUCCUAUUAUUAAAUUCUUAGUAAAUGUUGUAUCGAAAAUAAAUUACUCUUCGUAAAAUUUAACAAAUGGAAAAUAAAAAGUUAUUAUAUAGUUAUUUAUAGUCAUUUAAUGACUAUAGAAAAGAAAAAUCGUAUACGUGCAUUUUUAAUAUGCUUUUAUUAAAUACGUGAAAAUGAUUGAUGAAAACAGGAACAUUGUUUGUUAUCGAGUUCAUAAUAAUUCUCAAAAUUUCCAUAAACCCCACUAUGCAGAUGCCUUUUUUUCCCCACCCCCAUACGAAUUUGCAUCAGUUGGUGUUAAUAAGACUAAUAAUAAUAUUCGCUAUAAGCAAAAAUAUGUUCAAAACAUUAAUUGUAUGUGUGAUGAUUGGCUUGAUCAACAUAAAGAAGCAAAACAAUGGACACCAAUUAAAAAGUUACAUGGAAAUAAGGAUACAACGGUUGUACUAUACAAUGAUCAAAAUAAGACUAUGGUAAAUCAUAAAGAUAACGAUGUCAUACAUGAUCUAAACAAAACAAAACGAUUAUCUCCGAAUCUGAAGACUGACGAUGAUCCCGUCUUACACCCAAAACGAUUUUUUUUUGAUAAUCGAGAAAGGAUAAACAAUAGAAAUCUUAGAAAUGAAAUUAAACCCCAAAAUUAUAAAAAUAAUGCAGAAAAAGGCAAGUUAAAAAAUUAUGAAUAUGAACAGCAACCACAAAUUGAUCGAAACAAAAAGAAAUGGUUCUCACUAAAUCCCAAACCUCAUGGAGCUGUCGAUAUUAAUCGAAAGCAAAAGGAUUUCAAAAGAUCACAGAGAAAAAAUGAUAAGAAUAAUAACUUACAGAAAAUAGAAACUGCACCCAAAAAAUAUUUUAAGAACGCGGAAAAUAGUAAACCAAUAAAAAGCGAAAUUAAGCCACAAAAUUACCUAUUCAAAAGGAAUUGGUUCACUCUAAAUCCCAAGCCUCAUCAUACUUACGGUGUUUAUUCCAUGCAAAAGGAUAUCGAAAACCCACCAAGAAAGAACGAUAUAAAUCAUAAAAAUAAAAGUAACUUACCGAUUAUGAAAACUGAACUUAAAAAUUACGAUAAGAGCACAGAAAAAAGUAAAUCAAAAAAUACUAAACUUAAACCACAAUAUGAUCAAUCCACAAAAAAAUGGUUUUCUCUAAAUCGCAAACCUCAUGGAGCUUACGAAGUUAAUCCCAAACAAAAGGAUUUCGAAAACAAAAAAAUCCACAAGGAUUUAAAAAAAGAUAAAUCAUUAAAACUUCAAUUAGAGCAGCAGAUUCAACCGCAAAAUGAAAUACGGAAUAGAACAAUGUCUCCAAAAACAAGAAAUAAAAAUGAUGAACAGAAAAUUAAAUCUGGAGAAGGCGAUCAAUUACAUAAAGUUAACUUAAAUAAAAAACAAAUCCCGGAAUCGAAAAAAGAAGGCAUUCGGUUAUUCUCAAUAUUUCACCGGAAACCAAAAAAACAACCAAUAAAACCACUUUUUUCAAUAAAGGUUAACUCGGAAAAUUUUCAAGUAUUAAAUUCUGCGGAAAUUGAAAAAAACGUAAGAGCUUUUGGAAAAGUCGAAAAGCCAAAUAAAUGUAUAUGUCCAUCCCGCUUAGAACGUUUAGAAAAAUUUGGUAUAGGCGAUACUUGUGAAGCUGGUGUUUGCGAGAAAGCCCAUCACGACAAGUAUCGCAAAUUCGAUUGUAAGUGUAAGAAAAAGCAAAUACUUGAAUGUAGCGACACUACAUGUGAUGAUAAUUUUUUAAAAAGAGAAAUAAAAUCAAUGAAACAAAAUAAAACGACUAAAGACAAGACAAGUCCAUUGUUUGAAGUGAUAUUAGACAAUAAGAACAUGAAUAUUUUGAAUGCUAAUGAAAUUGAAGGGGUACUUAGAAGCGCAUCUAAACCUAAAAUAUGCCCAACAGGUAUUUGUAGUAAGCCCAUGAAGGAUAAAAACAUAAUGUUAAACUGUAGGUGUAUUGGGAAAAAGAUGGUGCCCGGCCUAUACGAGUGUAAUGAAAAAACUUGUGGACCUAAAAGAUCAAGAUUUCAGAUGUUCUGUUCUAGAAUUUUCAGUCGAACAGAAUACUAUGGGCGCAAACUGGAAUCAAUGCCGUCUCACAAAAGACAUAUCCGUAAUCAAACCUACGAGAUCAGACCUUUAACUGUUCGAAGACGAAGCUUUAUAUCAUCGUACGGUAAAGCAAAAAGACAUCAGACAGUCCACAGUGAUAAUAAUGUUCUUGCAGGACAGAACAGAACAAGGUCGAAAUAUUUAGAACGACAAACCCCGUAUAUAUUAGAAGAUAGUCCGCUACGGCGCAGCAAAAGAUACGAUGAAUACAAUAAAAACGGGAUACAAUGUUUAUGUGAUCCAAGCUAUUGUGAGUGUCAUCCAGAAAAAGAGGAUGUUGAAAAACAUCCAAUCGCGAAAUCGAAAAAAGCAAAAACACGUAAAAAGAAACGUGUUAAAAAGAUUUCCAAAGGUAUUUUAGAGUCACAAGAGGAUUAUGAAAAGAGAUUAAGCAAAGUUAAUAAAGAGGAACGCAAGCAAACGUUGCGAGAAGAAAAAGAACAAAUGAAACGAAAAAGGGAAUUAGCAAAGCAACGGGGUCUGUACACCUCAAAUUUCCUUUCAAAUCUUAUAAAUGGUGUUAUCAAUAUAACGCUUAAUAGCAUUCGAGUAAUACUAAUAUCAACAUGUUUUGUAAUAAGGCAUCCGAUUAGAAGUUAUAUUUACGUAAAACACAGAUUAAGAGAUCCUGUAGGUACAUGUAAGGCGAUAAGACGGUGGUUUGGAAAUACCUGGAAAGAAAAAGACACGAAGCUAUCACAGACUUUAAUGGAAUCAGAAGCGUUGAAUGUCAUAGCAGACCAUCUAGAAGAUUCGCAGGUAUUUCAGUUUUUUGCCAAUAAAGGUGGUACACAGAAUGAAAAAAUGUAUUAUGAGAAGAAAACAGCGUUAAGGAAGAAAAGAAUGAGAAAACGACACGAUAUAGCUGUGUAUGGAUGUCGACAUAUGCUUUUAACGACACUUAGAAAACAUCCAUGCAUUUGGGUUUAUCAUAUAUGUCCAGACUGUUACCCACAAUGCUUGAGUCUUAUGACUUUCCUCAAUAAUUUUUGUCAAAUUCUUAUGUUCCUGUUAGCGGUGUUGUGUUGGACUCCGUGCAUUGUAAUGUGUGAGAUAGUUCGUGCAAUUUUCUGUUGUGUUGGAUGCACAAAUUAGAUAAGUAAAAAUUGUUUUGUUAUUGAA